UCCGCGCCCGGGCGCCCGGACGCCGCACAGCCGGGUUCCAUGAUGGAGUUUGAACAUUACCUCAAGAGGUUUCAUAUUUUGGAUUAGUUAAUCAUAUUUACCCUCUGCUGAAAAUUGAAACUUCAGACUCAAUUUCUGUGUCCUUCAAGACCUUAAAUGCAGAGAGAUUGUGCCAUGGACUACAAGGAGAGCUGCCCAAGUGUAAGCAUUCCCAGCUCUGACGAACACAGAGAGAAAAAGAAGAGGUUCACGGUUUAUAAAGUUCUGGUGUCUGUGGGCAGAAGCGAGUGGUUUGUCUUCAGGAGAUACGCAGAGUUUGACAAGCUUUAUAAUUCUUUGAAGAAACAGUUUCCUGCUAUGGCUCUGAAGAUUCCUGCCAAGAGAAUAUUUGGUGAUAAUUUUGAUCCAGAUUUUAUUAAACAAAGAAGAGCAGGAUUGAAUGAGUUCAUUCAGAACUUAGUCAGAUAUCCAGAGCUUUACAACCAUCCAGAUGUCCGAGCAUUCCUUCAAAUGGACAGCCCAAGACAUCAGUCAGAUCCAUCUGAAGAUGAGGAUGAAAGAAGUACUCCUAAGCCACAUUCUACCUCACGGAACAUCAACCUGGGACCAACUGGAAAUCCUCAUGCUAAACCAACUGACUUCGACUUUUUAAAAGUUAUUGGAAAGGGCAGCUUUGGCAAGGUUCUUCUUGCAAAACGGAAACUGGAUGGAAAAUUUUAUGCUGUCAAAGUGUUACAGAAAAAAAUAGUUCUCAACAGGAAAGAGCAAAAACAUAUUAUGGCUGAACGCAAUGUGCUCUUGAAAAAUGUGAAGCACCCAUUUUUGGUUGGAUUGCACUAUUCUUUCCAAACAACCGAAAAGCUUUAUUUUGUUUUGGAUUUUGUUAAUGGAGGGGAGCUCUUCUUUCACCUACAAAGAGAAAGGUCUUUUCCUGAACCCAGAGCGAGGUUUUAUGCUGCUGAGAUUGCCAGUGCCUUGGGUUACCUGCACUCCAUCAAAAUAGUGUACAGAGACUUGAAGCCAGAAAAUAUUCUUUUGGAUUCAAUGGGACAUGUUGUCUUAACAGAUUUUGGACUUUGCAAAGAAGGAAUUGCUAUUUCUGAUACCACCACAACUUUUUGUGGUACACCAGAGUACCUUGCACCUGAAGUGAUCAGGAAACAGCCCUAUGACAACACUGUGGACUGGUGGUGCCUGGGAGCUGUUCUGUAUGAGAUGCUGUAUGGGCUGCCUCCUUUUUACUGCCGAGAUGUUGCCGAAAUGUAUGAUAAUAUUCUUCACAAGCCCCUAAACCUGAGACCAGGAGUGAGCCUCACAGCCUGGUCCAUUCUGGAAGAACUCCUAGAAAAAAACAGACAAAAUCGACUUGGUGCCAAAGAAGACUUUCUUGAAAUCCAGAAUCAUCCUUUUUUUGAGUCACUCAGCUGGACUGACCUUGUACAAAAAAAGAUCCCACCGCCAUUUAACCCUAAUGUGGCUGGACCAGAUGAUAUCAGAAACUUCGACGCUGUCUUCACUGAAGAAACAGUUCCCUAUUCUGUGUGUGUGUCUUCUGACUAUUCUAUAGUGAAUGCCAGUGUUCUGGAGGCAGAUGAUGCAUUUGUUGGUUUUUCUUACGCCCCUCCUUCAGAAGACUUAUUUUUGUGAACACUUUUGACAUUCAGAAACCAAUGAGCAACGUCUAGCCUUCAGAAGAGAUGGAAACAUCUAUUUGUGUGAAGAUAGUCAACUAUGUAUAACAGUGCCUCAUUUUUAUAUGUAAUAGUGAAAACUAUGAAAUAUGUAUUUUCUGCUGUAUGCAAGAAAUAGGGCAUUUC